AUGUUUAAUUACUUUUUUGUGAAACAGUAUAGUGUUAUUUACGUUAUCGAUAGCCAUAUCAGAUUUAGCUCCGUAAGAACUGUCAUAUUUCAUUCAUUCAUCCUUGUGGUUUCGUUGAAUUUCUCGGUUUACUUACAGAUUUAUUUACAUUUAUUGAAAUUAGAAAACGAAAUCGUUAUAUACCCAUCCAUUUCCAAUACGUUUCGAUUGACAAAUAAUGCUCAAUGUAACUACAAAUAGAGCUUAAAUUUGUGGCAAGGCGGCCUUCAACACGCAUAAAUUCACAGACAUUAUUCCAAAUGUAUUGUUUUGAUAGAUAAUGGAUCCGAGAAUGUGCAGAAAAAUCAGUAGUAGUGAAAGUCUUCCAGAUGCUGAAAAUGUGGAAUACGAAGUGGCGAGCAUCAUCGCGCCGCAAGAGAGCGAAGAGAACCUCCUGGAGGGCAGCCCCGAGCUGCGCUCCGUCACCUGGCUGGACGACGACCAGAUCGAGGACCUAGAUCUUAAUUUAGACCAAACUAACCUAUUUUUCCAUAGAGUCGAUAGUGCAGAUAUAAUUUAUAGAAGCAAGAAGAAAAAAUGCAAAAUGGUCGGGAAAUACGUUAUGGGGGACAUAUUAGGGGAGGGUUCGUACGGGAAAGUAAAGGAGAUGUUGGACUCUGAGUCGCUAUGCCGGCGCGCGGUGAAGAUCCUGAAGAAGCGCAAGCUCCGCAGGAUACCCAAUGGAGAGCAGAAUGUGCAGCGAGAGAUACAGCUGCUCCGGAUACUUAGACAUAAGAAUGUGAUAGAACUAGUCGAUGUUUUAUUUAAUGAUGAAAAACAGAAAAUGUACCUUGUCAUGGAGUUCUGUGUGGGUGUGUUACAGGACAUGUUAGAGUCAAGUCCGGGCAAGAAGUUCCCGCAGCAGCAGGCCCAUGACUACUUCACGCAGCUACUAGACGGACUGGAGUACUUGCACGGGCAAGGAGUCGUGCAUAAGGACAUCAAGCCAGGCAACCUGCUGCUGACUCUUGAUUCCACACUGAAGAUUACUGAUUUUGGUGUUGCUGAGGCACUAGACAUGUUCUCGCCGGAGGACACGUGCUACACAGGACAGGGCUCGCCCGCCUUCCAGCCGCCGGAGAUCGCCAACGGCGCUGAGCAGUUCUCGGGCUUCAAAGUCGAUAUUUGGAGCAGCGGCGUCACACUGUACAACAUGACGACGGGCCGCUACCCGUUCGAGGGCGACAACGUUUACCGGCUCCUGGAGGCGAUCGGUCGCGGCGAGCCGGCGCCGCCGCCCGCGAAUCUAGGGUCUACGUUGCGGUCCCUACUUAUCGCUAUGCUGCAGCGCGAGCCACAGCGGAGGCCCAGCGUUCAUGAGAUCAGGAGACACGCAUGGGUGCAAGCGACGCCACCGCUGGAGGCCGGCGAGCGAGCAGUGAGCCCGCGAUCACGGCGCUCCGACGACCUGCACACUUCCACCGUGCUGCCCUACCUCGUGGAGCGGCACUACGGCUCGCAGGACUACUUCACCGGCGACCUGCGCCACGAGCUGGGCGACGGGGGCUCCCGCACCCUGUCCACGGCCGAGUUGUCCGAGCAGUCGUCGCGCAAGCACCGCUGGCACUCCGCCUGCGGCCGCCUGCCCUCCUGCCGCCUCACGUGA